AUGUUCUGGGCAAUGAUUGCACAGACACAGACUAUUGGUGACCUCAGAGAGGCCAUCAAAGACAAGAAGAAGCAACAAUUUGACCAUGUUUAUGCUGACCAUCUUGAACUGUGGCAGGUCAAGAUCAAUUUGAAUGACCUACACUUACUCAACACAAUUGUGGAUGAAAGCAUGGAGUUGAAGCUGUUAAUGGAACUGUCCAAAGUGUUCAUGGAUGGAGUAGAGCAUGGAUGUAUUCAUGUCAUGGUAUGA